GUCUAACAGCUGGUUCUCGAAUGUCGCGACUGGAGGUAUAAAACUCGAGCAGUAGACGGGAAGCUUGUACUGAGCCACACGCGAGUUCAUCUUAUACGGAUUCGUUACAAAUUACAUUCCUCUCAAGCAGCGAUGCCAUCACUCAACGCAUCCCACAAGCUAUCUUCCCCACGCAAAAACAAAACCCAUACGGCCGCUUCCCCAUACAAGAGCUCGGGCCCCUCCCGCCCACGCAGGCUUCCACUAAGUUCACUACGCCCACGCCCAAUACCUAACUCCUACUGGGCAACUCCUCUGCUACUCGCAUGCGAGUACCCCUGGUCUCCUUUUGAAACCUCCACCCAGAAACUUGACAAACUUCUCGCCGCUGGCGUCCGCACCUUCAUCGACCUCACUGAGCCUGGGGAACUUAUACCCUACAAGCCCCACCUCCAGAGGUACAUUAGUGCCGCUGGCCUCGACGCGACUACCAUCCACUACCACCAGUUCCCUAUCCCUGAUCGUUCGCUACCUCACAAGCCAACAUAUUUCAUGCGUCUAGUGAUGGACGUGCUCAGGGAAAACGCAGAGCAAGGGCGCGUGUGCGCCGUGCAUUGCCGUGGUGGGAUUGGAAGGACCGGUUUAGUUAUUGGGUGCUGGCUCGUGGAGGCAGGAAUCGCGAAGGACGGCGAAGAAGCACUGAAGAUAAUAGAACGGGAGUGGCGGACCGUUGAGAAGUGCAAGCGCUUCCCGCACUCGCCGGAGACUGGCCCGCAGUUUGAGUUUGUGAGGAACUUCACGAGUCCAGCGAUGGUGCAUGUAUAGAGAAUCGUGACAGUGCGCGUGUUUUGCUUGCCUGCUGGUAUGCCUGUUCUCCUUUUUUACUCGUGCCUUGCUCAUGAAUGCGUUUUCAGCAUACCUUUGUAUUCAUCCUCUCACGACCUCACUGUAGCUAUUAUAUCCCUAUUCAUAUUUCUCUAAUCAUGGUGCUAGUCUCAUACUAGUACGUGCCUGGCCGCAUUUCUUCACUCUUGUCACAGUGCUGGUGAUGUGUAUGAUCACAGAUUAUGGACAUUAUGAUGGGUGCCGGUGCACUCAUGCCACAUACAUACAUCUUCGGACUCCGCUUCAAGUAGAAGCUUGAUGACACAGGUUGUGUACCGUAGUCAUGAAUGAAUUAGUAUUGAAAGUC